AUGACAACAGGCUGCCAGUACCGUUUCCCUCCGAUAAGCCAGCAUCGGCAGCAGGCAGGUGGUAAUUUUUACCCCGCUUCAGGAGCAGACACCCGUUCGGCUGAAAUCUCACGUCAAACCGUCAUGACAGUGAAAGAAAGAAGUAGUAAAAAAUCAGGUGGGGGAAAAUCGGCAUAUCGGCAUGUUCCACAUAGCCAAAAACCACCACAAGUCGUCGAACGGCGCAAUGCACGUGAGAGAAGGCGCGUUCAGGCUGUUAACACAGCAUUUCUACGGCUAAGAAAACAUGUUCCAUCUCAUACGAAACAGAAACGGUUGUCAAAGGUGAAGACACUUAGAGUAGCAAUAGAUUAUAUAAAACAACUGCAAGAUAUGAUUGUUGACCAUGACCAUUCACCCGGAAGUUUCCACAGGAAGAUUGUACCCGGUGCGGAUAAUAUUGACCAGGAAAACGUCAUCCCAAAGAGUAUCCACGACAAUCUUGUAAUGCUUCAAAGGAAACCACAUUUCCCAUGGGAUAUGCCAAAAAACUGUACCCCGCCACAGGUGAACUAUCAUUCCGCACACACGAGCGAUGAUGACGACACCGUUGUUUCCCUUCCGGAAUAUGGCUCCCUUGGAAUGCACGAAAUCACAAGUCUCCCGGACACGUGACUUUGCAGCUGUCACGCGAUUGUGUUCCAAAUCUCAUCAAAAUAUGAACUAAUAUGUGGAUACAGUAAUUACUUCAUUUAAUCACGAUCAUUCAACGACUUCAUUGAACAAAUAGGACAAUUCCCUUUCCUGACAAUUGUGUGUUUCGUAUGUCUAUACAACUGUUUUGCCGGAAGUGUAUAAUCUGAUUGUUGUUAUGGUACCACAAUUACGUCAUUUCUGUCAAAAUGGCCGAUCUUUGCUACCUUAUUUCCAGACACAGUACUGUGAGAGGGUGAGACAGUGGAGGUCUCUAAACUUUCAGCUGAGAUUUUGAAACAACCUUUCAAUCGGCUAUUGGUGGUUUUAUAAACUGUUUAUAUGAACCGUUUCCGUUCUCAAACAUUUACAAACCAUCUUCGUUUGGAAAUUCUGAAGAAAAGGAAUGGAAUUCGACACCUUCCACACAAAAGAGAUAUUCUCUUAUCCGACAUACAGCGGGAAAUUCUGGACAUUGUUGCAAAUAUGCCUUUUAUCACGUGACAGGUGUAUCUCGGUGGAACCCGGAUUGGAUCUUGAAAACAAUAUCUUAAAUUUAGACAUUGUUUAACAAUAAUCAGAAUAAUUUUAUAAAUACAGAUUUUGAUUUUCAAUUAAACUUCAAGUACAUAUUCGAUAUGAAUGUGACGGUGUCUAUGAAUUUACUAUGAAACUGAUUCCAUAGCUCUUCUGUGUUGGAGGUUAGUAUGUACAGAGAUCGAUCAUGAGCAGGUGUCCUUAAAUGGCGAAGGAGUCGCGUGCCAGCGUUCCAUAAUGCAAUCGUUUAAAUGAAACUGCAUAUACGAUAUCUUCAAAGUAACUCACUGAAGAAAUGGACGAUCAUUUAAACGACUGUAAACGCUGGCAAGAGUGAUUAGCACGCGAGAAUGGAGCGGCCAUAUUUGAUGUCUUUUCUUCCGAUGGUAGAUUACAUCGAUUGGAGACGUAUCCCUGUGAUAAUCUCUGAAAGAAUAUUUUUGUUACUUGCUUAAAUUGUGAUUUAUUUCAGCUAUGACGGUGAUUGAAUUAUACUAAAUAUAGUAAGCUGAGGUAAGCCAAGUAUUUCAAGUACUGUCAGAAACACAGGGACUUGUAUAAUAUAUGUAUAUAUUAUUUGUGGAUACAUAUAUUCCGUCUUUUGGUAAUGCAUUGUUAUACUUGCUUGUGAUCGUGUAUUGAUUGUUACGUCAUUUUUUAUGAUAGUAUCGUAAUAAACUUGUGGGGAAAAGACGUAAAACUUCUCACGCAAAGAUCAAUAUUU